AUAUACCCAUAUAUAACACAAAAUUGUUGUCAACCGUUGCCAGCUAUAAAAUCUGAUAAGCCAAGAGAGACUGUUUAUGCUCUAUAUAAAAUAUUUGUCAAUUUUAUUUUGAUUAAACAUUUUUAUUCGUUUGUUAUAUAUUUUCGCGACAAUUUGCGUUGGACCUCAAAGUGCGGUGUUACAGAGCCUGACGAAAGCGACUUACAAGGAACAAUGAGCCUUAGACGUAUAAUUUCAUCACCUUUGCUGCAUAAAACAAUCAAUCACUACAGAGGGUCUGCAAGAUGUAUGUCCACUGCUGCUGAUAAGUUACUUGUUGACAUGGAUACCAAAUCAGGUGUUGCAAUUGUGAAAAUGAACCGGCCCCCAGUGAACAGCCUUAAUCUGGAGUUUCUUACAGAAAUCAAUAUUUUGUUGGAGAAAUUAGAAAAUGAUAAAACGUGUAAAGGCCUUAUUCUGACAUCAAGCAACAAUAAGAUAUUUUGUGCUGGUUUAGAUAUAAUGGAGAUGUAUAACCCACAGAGAGAUCGUCUGACAGAAUUCUGGAGGAUGUUACAGAGUGUUUGGAUCAGCUUGUACAACACCAGACUGGCUACUAUUGCUGCUAUCAAUGGCCACAGUCCAGCUGGUGGAUGUUUGUUAGCUACAUGUUGUGACUAUAGAAUCAUGGUUCAAAACUUCACUAUAGGGCUAAAUGAAACACAAUUGGGCAUCAUUCCUCCCUUCUGGUUUGUAGAUUCUAUGGAAGGUGUUAUAGGAUAUAGACAGACAGAACUGGCCUGUCAGAAAGGUUUAAUGAUGACCACAGAACAAGCUUUCAAAGUUGGUCUUGUAGAUGAAGUAGUAACACCAGACAUUGUGCUGGAAAAAGCUCAAAAUGAAAUGAAAUCCUGGCUAAAAAUACCUGAUUUUGCUCGACAGUUAACAAAGACUCAGAUGAAGAAACCCAAAGUAGAUAAACUACUGUCAAGGAGGGAGGAAGAUAUUGAACAUUUCGUGAACUUUAUUACCAAAGAAUCAGUACAAAAAGCAUUGGGAGCUUACUUAGAACAAAUGAAAAAUAAGUCAAAGAAAUAGAGAGAGAAUAUGUGGACUAUUAAAACAGAUAUAAUAUAAAAAGAAUAGUGGCUAAAUUAGAUUUUAUUAAUCAGGUGAUUUGUAAGGAACAAACAGGAAUUAUUAGAAUAAUUUCUAUCACAGGAAUGAAAAUUAUUAUACUUUUAGAAAUGUAACAUGUAAUGAUUAUAAUUUUUACUCUGUGAUUAAAUGCAUGCUAAAGAUUGAAAUUGUAAAUGUUUGUAAAUACAAUGUUUGUUAAUUUGAAGUAAAUACUGUACAAAUUAUAUGAACAAAAUAUAUAUAGUAAUAAUAAAAAUUAUAUAAUUUUUCAAGCACAGUAUAUCAAACACAAGAUGUUUUUAUCUGGGAGAAGUCAUAAUUAAUAAUCUAGACAAUCAUUGUAUACUGUGUGAUAUUUUAUGGUACGCAAGUACUGGCUAAUAUUGAAGGACUAUCUAAUAGGGCAGUUCAGGAUGUUUUCAUUAAAAACUUGGUAAUUUCUUGUUUAUGUAAUUUAUAGAAAUUAAAAAUGAGGAUUUAGUAAAGUAGUAAUUUGAAUGACCUGACAUGGUAAAAUGUAAAAUUUGACGUUCAGAUUGUAGCCAUAAUGUAUAUUUAGAGUCCUGUUUUCCUAAAAUAUAAUUUUAAAUGCCAGUAAGUGGGUAACAUUUUGCAGUCUUUCAUAUGAACUGGUUUCUGCACAUUUCAUGAUAUUAAAUAAGGGUUACCCUUACCCUGUUUAUAUAUAAACAACAAAUUAUGUGUCGGUAAUCAAGACAGCAAUGAAACAUUUCCUAUAAUGAAAUAGAUUUUGGUUGGUGCUGUAUAACCAAAUUUGUCAUGUUUUUGAUUUAAAAUAAUUUUAUCAUAUUUCAUAGUUAAGGUAUAACCAAACUCUUAAGGCAUGAAUGGUUAGAAAAAGCAUGGUAUUUAAAAAACACAUAAUACUUUAUACAUGUAAUAUAAUAAGCAAUUACAUGUGCAAUGUUAUUGUCGUUAAAUUUCCUAGGAGAUAAAAUUGGAAAAAGAAAGGUUACAUUGUUCUGGUUGGAAUCUUAGUUUAUGUGUAUAAUAAACAGAUCUAUCUGAAAUAUUUUUGGUGUAACUAUAUAUAUUUUAAACAUUGAAAGAACUAUUUGGAAGAAGGUGUUAUUGUUGUGCAAGGCCUAAAAACUGCAGGUUGUAAUCCAAAUGUCCCAACAUAAUGUUGUGUUUCAUUAGAAACUGUCUUGUUUGUAUGAUAUAAUUGUUAAUGAUAUACAUAAUAUGUGUAUUUCUAUGAAUUAAAUUCAUAUGUAGUAUAAAUA